AUGGUUGAUACCUCCGACACCCAAAGUGCAAUCCUCACGGCGCUUUCUGAUUGUGUUCCAACUAUCUUAGCAAACGAUCUUGCUUAUGGUCUCUGCAUCACCAACUCUGGUCUUUUCGAUCUCAUACCUUCAAACUUUACUACAAACUAUCGAAAUGCUCUUUCAACUAGUCGAACCUUCAACACGGACGGGAAUUGCCGCAUUAUGUGCACAAAACCGACAUCUGCCGCUUCUGCAUCAUGUUGUGCGGCUACAAUUGCACUUCAAGCAUGUACAACAUCGUCAAGUUAUGUUAAAGUAUGUAAGGAUUUGAUUGACGAUGUCUUUACGUAUCAAAGUGAAUGUAAGAGCGGACUUUCGAGUGCAACAAUCACAUUAAUUACAAUCACAACAAUUGUGAUUAUCGUUUUACUUGCUAUGAUUGGAUUCUCUCGUUCUCGAAUUCAAAACACAAAGACUUUUGUGAAUGUGACGUCAACGUGGACUCAAGUGACAAAUUUAAUUUGGAAGAAUCUCGUAUUACGUCGACGUCGUCCCGUGAGUUUCUUUUUUGAGCUCUUUCUCCCAGUAUUUCUAUCGACAGCAUUAUUACUAUUAGCAAAUCUCGAUUCCUUUACCGACUCAUGGCGAUCCACUUGGUUAACAUCCGAAGCAGCCAAUUUCUCGAGUAAUUCGACACUUGUCUGUAGUCGUCUUACAAUUUGGGGUCUUGAAGCUAUUGGUGGUCCAUCGUCUUCUAUGUUGUCGUUUUAUUCUGGUGGGCAGUCGGUUUUGGGUCUUUUUUUUCUUAUCAGUUAUAUUAAAUUUGUGUCAACAACAACUACUACAAUGGUUGUUGAAAAAGAGACUCGAAUGCGUCAAAUGAUGAAAAUUAUGGGUCUUUCGGAUACGACAUUACUCAUUUCAUGGAUUCUUACAACUGCAAUGUUUGCCACUCCCUUAUCAUUUGCCAUUGCAGCUGUACUGAAAUAUGGUAAUGUCUUUUCACGAACCGAAUAUGCCACUUUAGUGUUUUUAUUUUGGGCACUUAGUAUUGCAAUCACAGCAUUUGGGUAUUGUAUUGCCCCAUUUUUUCAUAAAUCGCGCUCAGCUGCCAUUGCUUCAGUUCUUCUUUGGCUGAUUCUCUUUUUUCCUUUUCUUUCUGUCCAAUCAACUAACACGAAUACAUUUCGAUAUGUUGCAGCGUUGUCACCACCCACUGCAUUUGCAUUAGCCGUGGACGAAAUGCUUCGUCGUGCACAAUUGGGUUCGAAUUUUGCAUAUUCCGUGGGUCUUAUCGAAAAUCCCAUCACUGUUCCCAGUGCCUUUCAUAUGACCCUUUUUUUACUUGGUGAUUCCCUCAUUUUAAUAACACUUGGAUAUUAUUUUGAACAAGUGGUACCACAAGAAUAUGGUGUUUCAAAACCGUGGCAAUUUCUAUUUUCCCCAUCCUACUGGUUUCGUCAAAAAGCUGUCCGGUUAACAUGUGACACAAGUGCAACAUUGUCCCCACAAACAGGAUGUGCGUACACAGAAUUCACAGAUGUUGAAAUGAGUGAUCACCAAGAAAAUGUACGUACACAUCUGGAGUCCGUACAUGCUGGUUUAACAAUCCAAGAACAAAAUGGAUCAUGUCUUGAACUUCGAAACUUACGUAAAGUUUUUCAACUUGAUCAUCAAAAUGAACGCAUUGCAGUUGCAAAUCUUAAUAUGAAAAUGUAUCAUGGACAGAUUACAGCACUUUUAGGACAUAAUGGAGCAGGAAAGACAACAAUUCUUUCCAUGCUGACAGGAUUAAUUGAACCUACAAGUGGUGAUGCGUUUUUGUAUGGAUGUUCGAUCAAACAUGAAUUUGAAAAACUUCGUCGGAUGAUUGGAAUUUGUCCUCAAUAUGAUAUUUUGUAUUCAGAUUUGACCGUUGAAGAACAUUUUCAAUUCUUUGGAAGAAUGAAAUAUCUUUCAUUUGAUAAGUUACAAGUUUGUAUUGAUAAAAUGAUUCAGGAGAUUGGGUUGAUGGAUAUUCGACAUGUUUUGAUUAAAACAUUAUCAGGGGGACAGAAACGAAAAGUUAGUGUUGGAUUAGCAUUUCUUGGAGAGAAUAAACUUGUGUUUCUUGAUGAACCAACAUCUGGAAUGGAUCCAUACUCGCGUCGUUUUACAUGGAAAUUAUUACAACAAAAUCGAGAAGAUCGGGUGAUUGUUUUAACAACUCAUUUUAUGGAUGAAGCAGAUCUUCUUGGUGAUCGUAUUGCUAUUUUAUCUCAUGGUCAUUUACGUUGUAUGGGUUCUUCUUUAUUUUUAAAAACUCGUUUUGGAGCUGGAUAUAAUUUAACUUUAAUCAAAAUAUUAGAUGGUUCGUAUAAUGACAAAGUAAUGGAAGGAUUUCUUCAAAAGUAUAUUCAAGAUAUCAAAUGUUUAAGUCAUGCUGGUUCUGAAGUAGUUUUUCAACUUCCAACGAUCUCAUCCAAGAUCUUUCCAUUCAUGUUAAAUCAUCUUGAUCAUCAAAUGCAGCAGCUUGGUAUACAACAAUAUGGAAUCUCCGUCACAACAUUAGAAGAAGUUUUUCUUCGCAUUGCAAAUGAAUCAAUGGAUCAUACUGUUCAAUCAUUAAAAUCCGAAAGAACUUUUACUCCAAUCAAUCGUUUCAUUCUCAAUGAUAUUUCUUUCUGGACACAUUAUCGAGCACAAAUUAUCAAACGAUUUCUCAUUGCGAAACGAGAUCUCAAGACAAUUUUCUUUGCUGUUGGUAUUCCUUCCAUUUUUCUCCUUCUCUUAGCAUCUUUACCUGAAAUUCAAGUCGCUCAUUUCAUACCGAAUUAUGCUUCAAAUCUACCAAGUACAAGAGAACAAAGUCAAUGUAAUGCAUCAACAAACUUAACUUCUUUAAUUGAUCCGAACUUUAAUGUUCAAACAUGUACGAUGUCACGUGGGUUUGCGUACUGUACUCUUGGAGUCGUACAAUGUGACAUGCGUACAUGUUGUGAUGGUACAAAUUUUGUUUCACCUUGGUAUCCAUGCAACACAUGCAACACAGCCAUGUGUUUUAAUACGAUUUGCAUGGAUAAAGAUGAUGCCAAACUUCAAGUGAUUUUAAAUGGGUAUCUUAAAGCCCUUUUGGUAUUACUUGCAUUUGCAUUUAUCCCAUCAGCAAUUGUGGCAUAUAUUGUACGUGAAAAAGACCCAAAUCAAAAUGCCAAAAGUUUGCAAUUAAUUAGUGGAGCAAAUGUUUCAGCUUAUUGGGUUGCUAAUUGGACACAUGAUUUUACACUGACCAUCAUUCCUAUUGUUAUGGCUGCAAUUAUUGUCCCUUUUACUAUUACUCCAAAUGGAGGUGAAAAUGCAACUCAUGAUGAUAUUUUGGCCAUUUGUGCACUUCUUGUGACCCAUAUUUGGGUCAUUCUUCCUCUUGCUUACCUUUUUGCACGACGUUAUGUAAAUCAUGCUAUCGCACAAACAGCAUUACUUGUUUUCUCACUUGGAACUGGUGCUUUGCUCAGUAUGUUUUCUUUUCUCUGUCGAAUCGUCGAUUUUCGACUUUCCAAUACUUUCACCAUCUCUUCAUUAGAUCGAAAUUAUCUUCGAUGGAUCUUUAUGCUCUUUCCAGGGUAUACGCUAAAUAAUGGUCUAUUUGAACUUGCCACACGAAAAGUUAGUCGCAAAGCUCUUUUUGGGGCGGAAAAUUCGGAGUCAUCGGAUUUUGUCUCAUUUUUUGGGCUCUUUUCAGGUCUUGGAAAUUCUCCAUGUACUGAAUGUUGGGAUCGCAUUGAACCAUCAUGUUGUGUUCGAAAACCUUUUGACUUGGAGAUUGCAGGAGCACCAUUAUUGUAUAAAAUUAUUCAAGCUAUUGUCUUGUCAAUUCUUGUCUUUGUGAUUGAAACACGUUCUUUAAAGUGGAAGACACAAAUGAAUAGAUUGGAUCAUUGUAGUGUUACAAUGGAGUCAGAAGAUGAAGAAGAUGAUGAUGUGCAAGUUGAACGACAACGUGUGGAAUGUGAAGAUCAAACUUCAAAUGAUCUUGUUUUUAUUCGUAAUCUUCGACAUGAAUAUGCAGGAAAACCUUGUUCAAAGAUUGCAAUUGAUAAUUUAAGUCUUUCGAUUCGAAAAAGAGAAUGUUUUGGAUAUUUGGGAGUGAAUGGAGCUGGAAAAUCAACAACUUUAGCUAUUUUAACUGGUCAAUUAGCACCAACUAAUGGAUUUGUGACACUUGAUGGAUUAAAUCUCGCAUCGAAAAUGAAGACAAUUCGUCAAAGGAUUGGCUUUUGUCCACAAUUUGAUGCACUUCAUGAUCUUUUAACAGUUGAAGAAGAACUUGAAUUUUAUGCUCGUUUGAAAGGAAUUUCCGAACCUUUUGUAAAACUUGUAAUUGAUGAAAAGAUUCAAGAGCUUGAGUUAACAAUAUAUCGUACAACAUUGACACAUAAACUUAGUGGUGGAAAUAAACGUAAAGUCUCGACGGCUAUUGCAUUACUUGGAUGUCCUCGGAUUGUUUUUCUUGAUGAACCAACAACUGGUGUCGAUCCGUUUUCUCGACGUAAAAUGUGGAAUCUGAUUACACAACUCACUUCAUCCGAACGAGAUGAAAGUGCUUGUGUUGUACUUACGACGCAUAGUAUGGAAGAAUGUGAAGCUUUGUGUUCACGUGUAGGAAUUUUAGUAACUGGACGAUUGAAAUGUUUAGGAAGUGUCGAAUAUUUAAAACAAAAAUUUGGAUACGGGUACACGGUUGAGGUUACACUUUGUACUUUGAACUCAGAAUCUGAGGAAGUGAAGAAAGUAUAUAAUGAUGUGCAUUUAUUGGUCGAAUCAGAACGGAAUCAGAUGGUGACGAUAGAUUCUAUUCGACCUUUGUGUACUGCAUUAGGUUAUUCCGAUCGUGGGGUACGUAUACUUAAUCAAGAGGGUACAGGAUGGAUACUCGGGAAUCUAUUGGACACUAAAGGUGCGAUCUCGAUCCAGACGUUUGUUUUGUGGUGGGUCUUGGAAACGUGUGGAGAACAAUUAUGUGCAUUUUUUGAACACAAAUUUCCAGGUACGAUUCUUGCUGAACAACAAGGAAAACAUUUUCGAUUUCAAGUGCCAAAAUAUCAAGUUGAUAGUAAUGAAGUUGUACGUCCAGCUGCAGUUUUUCGGGCGUUAGAACAAACUCGAUCAAGUUUGUAUGUUGAUGAGUAUAGUGUGAGUGAAACUGCAUUGGAACAUAUUUUUAAUAAUAUGGCAGCUCAGCAAGAUAAAGAAGAGAUAUAG